UCUCUUGCCCUAUUCAACUCUGUCUCUCUUUCCAUUCAUUACCAAUUCUCUUGCAACAACUAUUCUCCCUCUGAGCUGCAUUGAGGUCUCGAAGAUGAGAGGGGCCGUCUUAGUUUUGGUGGCGGUGUUGGUCUGCACCGUUGUUGUCUGCCGCCCUGCCUCGGCCUUCAUCGACGGUUUAUUGCCCAAUGGCAACUUCGAGUAUGGACCGAAGGCGACGGAGAUGAAGGGCACUGUCGUGACGGGGAAAUAUGCGAUCCCGAGAUGGGAAAUUUCGGGCUAUGUGGAGUACAUAAAGUCCGGACAGAAGCAGGGGGACAUGCUCCUGGUGGUCCCCGAGGGAGCGUUCGCGGUCAGGCUUGGGAACGAGGCCUCGAUCAAGCAAAGGCUGAAGGUCGUGAAGGGCAUGUACUACUCCAUCACAUUCAGCGCCGCCCGCACCUGCGCCCAGGAGGAGAGGCUCAACAUAUCGGUCGCACCGGACUGGGGGGUCCUACCGAUGCAGACCCUGUACAGCAGCAACGGGUGGGACUCGUAUGCGUGGGCCUUCCAGGCUGAGUACGGCGAGGUCGAGAUUUUGAUACAUAACCCCGGGGUCGAGGAGGAUCCGGCGUGCGGACCUCUCAUUGACUCGGUCGCCAUCAGAGCUCUCUAUCCCCCUAGAGCAACUAAUAGAAAUCUGUUGAAGAAUGGGGAUUUUGAAGAAGGCCCCUACAUCUUCCCAAACACAUCUUGGGGAGUCCUAAUCCCUCCGAACAUCGAGGACGAUCACUCACCGCUGCCCGGUUGGAUGGUUGAAUCCCUCAAGGCCGUCAAGUACAUUGACUCGGGCCAUUUCUCCGUGCCCCAGGGAACGCGAGCCAUAGAGCUCGUGGCAGGGAAGGAGAGCGCCAUUGCCCAGGUUGCCCGAACAAUCCCGGGAAAGACAUACAUCCUAUCAUUCGCAGUGGGAGAUGCCAGCAACUCCUGUGAGGGGUCCAUGGUGGUCGAGGCAUUCGCCGGGAGGGACACGAUCAAGGUGCCCUACGAGUCCAAGGGCAAGGGUGGGUUCAAGAGGGCCAUCCUACGGUUCGUGGCGGCAUCCACCAGGACCCGGAUCAUGUUCUACAGCACGUUCUACACCAUGAGGAGCGACGACUUCUCGUCCCUGUGCGGGCCCGUCUUGGAUGAUGUGAGGCUUCUGAGCCUGAGGAAACCGUGAAAUUGAAAGCCAAGGGUGAUGAAAACCGUAGCGGCGCUUGGAGGUUGCGCGGGAAAACGGUAUCGCCAGCCUAGAUCCGGUGGCGGAUAGCUGAUCUGUGUGCUGUUCAGCAGUUAUAAGCAAAAUCACAUUACUUGAUUAAUAGUAAGGAGGGUGGACUCUAUUAUAUAUGGAAUCAUCUUAAUCGUCUUUUGAAGCAUAAUCGAGUAUAUAUAUAGUACGCAUA